AUGUGCGAACUGCAAGACGCACGUGUGUCGCGCAUCGUCGUUGCGGCGAAUGGCUCGUCAAGCUAUCAUGGCCGUACAAGCGCCUUGUUUGACGAAGGCUCCCACGACCGAUCUGCUGCUGAAGCGCAUCCUCGAAUGCCCGACGAGUGGAUAGAAAGGGGUCUCGUUGCUGAAGCAGCGCGCCAGCGACAGCUAGAAACUGUCAAUUUUCGCCAUGGAAAACUCGACUUUGACGGUGUUGAGCCCGAAUUAGGCAUGCAUCUACUUUCAUUGCAUUGGAACCGCCAGCAUCACUCGUUUCUGGCUACCUACCGUCCGGCGUUUAUGCGUGACAUGGCUUGCAAUGGACCCUACUUCUCCAAGUUGCUUCUGAAUGCGAUCUACUUUGGCGCGGCAAAAUUCAGUCCACGCCACGAAAUCCGGCGAGUAGCAGACGAUGUGCGUACUGCUGGCUGGCAAUUUCGCGAAAGAGUACGUGAGCUUCUGGGAGGCUCUUUGGAUAAGAGCGAGAUUACGACGAUUCAAGCAUUGCUGGUCAUGACCAAUUCACUUUUCGCCCUUGGGGAUGAAAGAAGUGCUGCAUGGCUGUACGCAGGGCUGGCAUUCCGUAUGAUUGUGGAUCUCGGUAUACAUGUAGAUACAGUGGAUCUUGCAGGUACUCGCAAACUAUCAGACGAGGACUAUGAGAUCCGAAGACGUGUCUUUUGGGCUGCAUUCGUCAUUGACAAGAUUCAGAGUCUAUACCAGGGUCGACCAGUUAGCAUCAAGGAAUCAGACACGCUUGUACCCAUCAAAUUUCAGGACACUUAUGAGGAGCUGGAGCAUUGGACUCCUUUCGCGUACUCCACGCAAUCAGAUGCCGCUUAUUUGGGCUCCCCCGCAUAUAGCGUCUCCACAUUCCGGCAUCUCUGUCAACUGUCUGUCAUCCUGAGCGACAUACUCAGCACCAUAUAUACCGAAAGAAGCUUCGAUUCAACACCUGGAGAGCUAUCGUCGAAGCUAGAAAGUAUUCACCUAAAACUGACCACAUGGAGGAGCCGACUACCUGAACAUCUUGCUGUUGAUGUAAAAAAGGCGCCUGUAACCCCACCUCCACAUGUGCUGAGUUUGCAUGCUCUGUAUAAUGUUUUGACAAUCCUUCUGCAUCGCCCUUUCGUGGCCGAUGGUCAUCUCUACAACACGUCACGUUCAAUCUCUGUAAACUCAUUCAUGGCGUGCGCAACUGCCGCUGAUGAUAUUGUACAACUGUUAAGAGCAUACGACAGAGCAUUUAGUGUGCGAAGAGCUCCGUACCUCAUCUCCUAUGCGACAUAUGUUGCUGCAACUAUCCAUGCUCGCAUUGCUGCGAGGCGCGAGCCCGGCUCUCAUGCCCACAACAACCUAUACGCUUGUUUAGCUGUUUUCCGUGAAAACCAGGAGACAAAUUGGGCCGUGCGGCGUGCGACCGCUAUCGUGCAGAACCUGAUGAAGAGGCUAGGGGUUACUUCACCUAAUCCCGACGAUACUCAUAUCGAUAGAGACAGUAGUGACGAGAAUACACCAGGAACAUCAUCACGCAGAUCGACGGAUCGUGAGCCAAGCUUGCAUAGCCUCGACAUCGACGGUAUCAUCCAGAGCUUCGUUCGUGAGCGAGAACAGGAAACCUCUCAAGCGGUACACACAGCGCCAGCAGGCCCGACUGGUCAUGGCAACUCUUCCGAAGCCGCGGGAUCUAUACCAUCACAAUGGUCUUACGCUCAUUCGGAAAUGCCCGGCGUUGCUUCGGUUUCUGGACAGCAAGACGCUAGCAACAUCUCCUACGACACUAAUGGGACUUGGGUAUACCAAGGGCCAAACCGCAGCUAUUCAACGAAAACCCGCAGACGCAGCGACACCAUCGCGUCAAGAGAAAAGACGGUCCCAGCUUCCGUGUUACCGCACGCUGAUAGACGCCGCCAAUCCCUUUGUUCUCAUCGACAAGACGACAUUACCUGCCUUUCUUCAGAUCGAACCGGCAAAGACACACCGGAAUAUCUCAAACAUAUGGAGUCUAUUCGACGCGCGGGCGCAGUCUUGAUGGGACUAGCACCGAGCAUGGAAGCUGCUGCAAAAGUCCGCGCUACACCCAAACUGGCAAUUUUAUCGUCUUCGUCUUCCCGGACAAAGACAGACAGUAUCGAAGAUGCGGGUAGGACACCAGACAUACAUGUCCAGGCUUUUAGCAUGGGAAAGCCUCAUCCUAGUCUACAACUCACUGGCGCUGCCUGUCUCGCAUCCGCUGUAUGCAUCAACGGUACUAUUGCCCAUGCACUCGCCUCCAGCUCCCCCAAGAGGAUGGAAUUCCCAGAAGACCCAGAGUCUCAAUGGAACACUCCGGAACGCACCCCAAGCCCAUCAAACUCUGAUUACCCAUCUUCCUCUGCUUCUAGCCUGGUGCCCAGUCCGAGAACGGUGCGUCUGUCGCACUCUGCUGGCUCGAUUGAUGUUGACGUUUUGGCUACGUGUUCUGAGGCGUUUGCUUUUGUGGACCGGUGUGUUGUUUCGAGGACAGCGAGGCGGUUGUUUGAGGGCAAGGUGUAUUACUACGAGGAUCGUAGAAGUGGUGAUUUCUAG